UUUGUACACAGACGUAUGCUUCCGGCAGCCCGCAACCGGGGCACCGCGUCCGGAGCGCAGGAACUACAACUCCCGGCGUGCGGCCACCUCCGGCGGACGCUGGCUUCUGACAGGCUGCCCCGCCCAGGUCCUGGCGCCGCCCGCCCGGUCUCGGCACCAGUUCCAGUGUCGCGAGUAGCCGGGCGGCGAGGCGGAGGUGCCCGGCCGGGGAGCCGCAUGGAGCCGCGGGCGGCGGACAGCUGCUUCCUGGGCGACGUGGGUUUCUGGGUGGAGCGCACUCCUGUGCAUGAGGCUGCCCAGCGAGGUGAGAGCUUGCAGCUCCAGCAGUUGAUCGAGAGUGGUGCCUGUGUUAACCAGGUCACAGUAGAUUCCAUCACACCAUUGCAUGCGGCCAGUCUGCAGGGCCAGACACAGUGCGUGCAACUGCUGCUAGCAGCUGGAGCUCAGGUGGAUGCCCGCAACAUUGAUGGCAGUACCCCUCUCUGCGAUGCCUGUGCCUCAGGCAGCAUCGAGUGUGUGAAACUCUUGCUCGCCUAUGGGGCGAAAGUCAAUCCCCCAUUAUACACAGCAUCUCCACUUCAUGAGGCCUGCAUGAGUGGGAGUUCUGAAUGUGUGAGGCUUCUUAUAGAUGUUGGUGCCAAUCUGGAAGCCCAUGAUUGCCACUUCGGGACCCCUCUGCAUGUUGCCUGUGCAAGGGAACAUCUGGACUGUGUCAAAGUGCUGCUCAAUGCAGGGGCCAAUGUAAAUGCAGCAAAACUUCACGAGACAGCCCUUCAUCAUGCGGCCAAGGUGAAGAAUGUAGAUCUCAUUGAGAUGCUGAUUGAGUUUGGAGGCAACAUCUAUGCCCGAGACAACAGGGGGAAGAAGCCGUCAGAUUACACGUGGAGCAGCAGUGCCCCCGCCAAGUGCUUUGAGUACUAUGAAAAGACACCUCUGACCUUGUCACAGCUCUGCAGGGUAAGCCUGAGGAAAGCCACUGGUGUUCGAGGACUGGAGAAAAUUGCCAAGUUAAACAUCCCUCCCCGGCUCAUCGAUUACCUUUCCUACAACUAAGCUGCAGGCGGGUGGCCGGGUGGGCUGGCCACUAGGCAGCUGCUGUCCUUGUGCCCAUCCUUGGCUGCAGGGGAUUCUGACUGUUUGCCGUUAUUACUAUAGAUAGAACAAUGCUCCUAUGAAUCCCUUUUGGUUGUUCUCUUUAGUUUUCUCUCCUGAAUUCUGGAUAAGAUCUCCAAAGCCUCAGUGAGGCUGGCAUCUCAGGUCACAGUCAUGGGUAUGAUCCUGUACUGGUCUUCCAGAAUCGAUGUUCUUACUCUAGGGUGGGCCACUUGUCCAGUUUUCCUUUUUUCACCAUCCUCCCUCAAAGGUACUCUCAAGACAGAAGACUCAAGGACCAUGAGGGGGAGGCCACAUGGGCUGGGGGCUUAGGGCACUGAUGUUUUUUCAUGUCUGGGUAUCAUGGCAUAGAAGCACCAGGUCUUAGGUUCCUCACUCUGUUGCUUGGGAUGUCCACUCCCAUGACAUUAUCUUGGCACCUGGACACUAUUUCUAGGGCAGCAUUUGACACUUUCCAAGAUCUACCUAUGCCCAGGUAUAUACAUCACUCAGGGUGUUAGUGGGAGAAGACACAGGCUUUGUGUCUCCACAAAUAAUAGUGUUUUUAAAGAAAUUUGUCUUCAGUGUUAGAUAUCAACUUGUGAAACAUGGAUGUAAGAUAAAGAACCUUUUAGAGGAUGGUAUGGGCUGCAACACUAAAGGUUUUUAAUGAGCCAUACAAACAAUAGAUAAUGUGAAAGCUGUUUGCGUAUAUUCUUGUAGGUAGUCAUUUCCAAUGUAGAGGGCUGUUAGGGAACUGUUUAGAGAUUGUUUUUUUCUGUUUCUAUAGUUGCCAAAUGAAUUUGUCCCACACCGUUAUUUGCUAACUAAGCUGUAAGUCCAAUAAAAGAUGUUGGUAGCACCCAGCAGGUACUAGCACUUGUGUAUUCAUUCCUUUUUCAGGUGCUUGUGGAGCCUCUAAUGUGCCAGGCAAAGAUCCAGGGCUGGGAACUGAUAGGAACGAGGCUCAUUAACCACAGCAGGAAAACAAAGUGUUUUUCAGUCUUUCCCAGUAGUAGUAGAAACAAAUCUUUCUGUUAUAAGCUAGGAAUGGAAGUAUUAGUAUAUUCAGAUGGCAUUUAUCUAAAAUUCUCUAUUUUAAUUUUUAAAAAUUUGCAUACAGCAGGGAGUACCAGAGGAUUUUGCAUAUAAUUUCAGGUAUGUUUGGUUCUGGGGAAAUGGAGAAGGCAGCAUUUGUGAACACGCAUGGGAGUUAUCCCUGUCCUGAAGCCAGGGUCCCAGUGUGGGGACAGGGUCAUCCCAGAUCCUGCCAGGCCUCCCUGAGCCUCUCAUCCACAGGGAGUGUGGGGGACAAAAUGAUGCUGAGUGCACCAAGCUGAUGCUGUUGGUGCCACCUGCAGGAGCAUCUCCCUGUGUGGUUUCUUGGGGGGUUACUUGGGUGGGGUGAAGAAUUUCAUGGCAGUUGUCUUGGAUGUUCAUACUGCCAGCGUUUUAGCCUUUGUUGGAAUGGGGCUUCAUAUUACCAUGAACAAGGCCACUUUCCUUCUGUUAGACAUGAGUCCUGAUAAAUCAAUGUUUGUGCAUGUAUUAAUACAAUUUAAAAUAAUCUCUCAUUUUUGCAACAGAAAUUGGCCUCUAGCAAUGAAAUCUGGUAACAGUUCUAUACAAUACAGUCAGAACCCUAUACUCCUAAUAAUCAAUAAAAGUGGUUAAAUAAA